AUGGCACAUCGGUUUCUCUCAAGUCGAAGCGUGCCGUCCACAAGAUUUAGCGCACGACUUGCCUUCAUAUUCACCCUCUCGCUGUCCUUCACGUAUCUCUGCUACAGCAUCAUAUUCUGUUGCAGCGCCAUCAUGUCGGGUCAGGGGUACGACGGCAAGAAGUGCCCGCAGACCAGGGGCAGAAAAGUUCCCGAAAAAUUAAACGGAUGCACUUUAAUCGCGGAUGCGCGGCCGGCGGCACCGAGUCAUUCCCGUAACCAAAGCAAACCUGCCCCCGCCUUCAGCAGCCGCUCCAGGAGUGUAGCCUCGGUGGGGUCCAAGUUGAAAAACACGAGCGUCGCCCAGAAAUACGGAAAUAAGAAGCUGCCCAACGCGCUGAUCGUCGGCGUGAAGAAGGGGGGCACCAGGGCGGUGCUGGAGUUCAUCAGGAUACACCCGGACGUGAGAGCGCUCGGGACGGAGCCGCACUUUUUCGACCGGAACUAUGACAGGGGACUUGAUUGGUACAGGGGACUUAUGCCUCGGACUCUGGACAGCCAAAUCACACUGGAGAAGACUCCGAGCUACUUCGUCACCCGAGAGGCUCCCAGGCGCAUCUCUAGCAUGUCUCAUGAGACCAAGCUAAUUGUAGUGGUGCGCAAUCCCGUCACGAGAGCCAUCUCCGACUACACGCAGACCCUGUCCAAGAAACCCGACAUCCCCACCUUUGAGGAGCUGGCCUUCAAGAACAAGAGCCUGGGCCUCGUUGACACCUCCUGGAAUGCCAUCCGCAUCGGGAUGUACUUUCUGCACUUGGAGAACUGGCUACAGUAUUUCCGCCUCUCGCAGAUGCACUUUGUUAGCGGUGAGCGCCUGAUCACGGACCCGGCAGGCGAACUAGGCCGAGUGCAGGACUUUCUGGGACUGAAACGCAUCAUCACAGAUAAACACUUUUAUUUCAACAGAACCAAAGGCUUCCCGUGCCUGAAGAAGCCUGAGAGCAGCAGUCAGCCACGCUGCCUGGGCAAAUCCAAGGGCAGGACGCACGUGCAGAUUGACCAGGAGGUCAUUGAGCAGCUGCGGGACUUUUAUAGGCCUUUCAAUAUUAAAUUCUAUGAAACGGUGGGACAAGAUUUCAGGUGGGAUUAA